UGGGGGGCGGGGGGGGGUGCUUGAAGCCGGACCUCUCUCUGUCCCACGCUGCACUCCUGGAACACCCGCACGCCAACAUGAGCAACUUCGCGCAGAUCCUGAAGGAGAUCGGGGAGUUCGGUUUGUUCCAGAAGCGCUUGGUGGCGGCGCUGUGCAUCCCCAGCCUGUUCACAGCGUUCGACGUGAUCGGCCAGGUGUUCACGGGCCUGAGCUUCCCGCAUCACUGCAACACCGACUGGAUCCUGGAGCGCGGGCCCAACCUGACGGACGAGGCCCGGAAGAACCUCACCAUCCCCGUGAACGAUGCCGGCGCCUAUGAAAGCUGUGCCAUGUUCUCGCCUGUGGAUUUGGACUUGGAGAUAAUUGAGGCGUACGGGAUUAACACUACAACUGGAUGCAUAAAUGGUUCUGAUUUUUUGGUCCCCGAAGGGGCCUCCAGCAUUGUGACAGAGUUCAACCUGGUGUGUGACAGAAGCAGUUUGGUCGAGGCGUCACAGUCCAUCUACAUGGCCGGCCUUCUGAUCGGGGCGCUGGUUCUGGGGCAGGUGGCUGACAGGUUCGGUCGACGCUUUGUGGUCCUGCUUUCACUCCUCCUCUUACUGGUGUUUGGUGUCGGUGCUGGUUUCUCACCCAACAUCUAUGUUUAUAUUGCUCUCAAAUUUCUAGGUGGCUUCUCCAUUUCAGGCAUCCUCAUUAACGUAUUUGUCAUAGGUGGGGAGUGGAGUGCUUCCUCCAAGUUCGCCUUGUGCACCAUCAUCUGCCACUCUACUUUCCCCCUCGGCCUCAUGCUGCUGUCUGGCCUCGCCUAUCUGAUCCCAAACUGGAGGAUCCUGCAGCUGGUGCUCUUCAGCCCUCUCGUCGUUGUCCUGGGAAUCUUUUACUGGAUUCUUCCAGAGUCAGCCCGCUGGCUCAUCACCCAGGGCCGGAUGGAGGAAGCCGUGAAGGAGGUCCGGCUGGCCGCUAAGGUGAACGGACGGAAGGUCCCGGAAGAUCUGCUGGACCGGCUGGACAAUGAAAGUCCAUCCAAAAAGGGAAGCAUGUUGGACAUCUUCAGGAUAUCAUAUCUGAGAAAACGUGCACUCAUUAUGAGCUACGUGUGGUUUGGAACAAGUCUGAUGUACUAUGGACUGAGUCUGAACGUGGGAAACUUUGGCCUGGACAUCUACCUGACGCAGUUCGUCUUUGGCUUAGUGGAGUUACCCGCCCGCGUGGGCAGCUUGCCCCUCAUCCAGCACUUCGGGAGGAAGAAAUGUCUCGCUGGGGUCCUGUGUUUCGGAGGUGCCGCUUGUCUCGGGAUACUUGUUAUUCCAGAAGACCUUCCCGCGAUGGUCACCAUCAUCGCUGUACUCGGAAAGUUUGCCGCCACUGCCAGUUUCUCCAUAGUCUAUGUUUAUACGGCAGAACUGUACCCCACCACUCUGAGGCAGAACGGCGUGGGCCUAAACUCCAUGUGCGCUCGCGUGGCGGGAAUCUUGGCUCCGCUGAUCCGGCUGCUGGGCGUCUACCACUUCACCGUCCCCAUGGUGAUUUACGGCGUCGUCCCCGUUGCCGCUGGAGGUCUGUGUUUGCUGCUGCCGGAAACGCUCAACGUCGAGCUGCAGGACCACGCCGAAACACGAAAACCUGAGAAUGAGCCUCAGAUGCGACCCUUUAAUAAAGACGAAGAAUCCGGAAAGAGCACGAAAAUGUAAACAAUAUGGAUGUGUUUUCUCUCUUUUAUUUUCAGAAAUAAAUUGCUUGAUUUUAUCAGAAUGCAG